AUGCCCAGCAAGAUCGGUAAAACAAGACCCAACCAUGGACCCAAGCACUCUAGCUCACUUCAAUCAUUAAGCGACUACAUUGCUUCUGCUAGUUCAUCUGUAGAUAAUGAGCCCAAUUUGACAAAUAAUCUCAACCCUACUCACAAUUGCUCUACUAGUGUUGACACUAGAUUGUACCCAACUAUUGAUCCAAUAGCUGAUGAAGAAUUGGCCGCUAAAACUAAUAAUACAAACAGAACUCUUUUUGACACUGAUCAGAUUUUAGAAAUUGUAUCUGUUAUUGCUAGCCCACACAACCCUAUGACCUUAAAUUUCCAACAUGUUGUAAAAGCCACUCUCAGAAUAUUCUCUGAUGACAUUAAAUACGAAAUCACCACAGAAAGAAAGGCUUUUAAAAACCAUAAGGACAGAAAACAUGUUUGGGAGUUAUGGAAGGAAAGAAUGAAGAAUAUUAACAAACUAUUAUCUGAGAACAAGAAAAGUAGUAAUGUCCAACAAGACAAUGAAGAAUUCAACAUCAAUGACAUAGCAGUGAAGGAAAUCACUCCUCCCAGAUAUAUUGCUGUUAGAUAUAGCAAAAUAUUUGAAGAGAAUGAGGUAAUUGAAUUAAUUAAGGACAACCUUAGUGGCAAAUAUGUCACCAUCAAUCCGAUUAUUAAGCUCAAUAAUACCAUAAUUGUCACUAUUGAAGAUUGCGCUCAAGUAGAACAGGUAGUUGAAACAUUACGUACAAAAUUUAAAGAAGUCAAUAUCACUUCAUCAUGUGAAAACGACACCAAAAAAAUUAUACGUGUCCAUAAUAUUCCAAUAGGAGAACUAUGGAAAACUAUAGUCAAGGCAGAUUGGAGGAAUGCAAUUGAAAGCGAUACUGGUGAACCCAUUGUUGAAAUUGCUACAGCUAGAAUUGGUAAAGAAAUGGCAACAGUGAUCACUGUCAAAAGUAUGAAAGCCAGAAAUAAAUCAUAUGUUUUUGCCUUACAUAGAUUUGAUUAG